AUGUGGGAAAAGCUAGAGUGUCACUAUGGAGAUACUACUGCCAGUGUACAAGCUGCUUUGGAAGAUCUUCAAAGGCCAAAACCUGUAAAAGAAGAAGAUUAUAAAGCUCUGGUUGAAUUAGUGGAUGAAGUUGAAUCUGCCUACAGUCAAUUGGAAGAGCUCAGCCAGCUAAACACUUUAACCAUGCGAGAUGUAGACAACCUAACUGAUUUGUUACCUACCCAUCUUAAAGUCGACUGGAGACGAAAGUAUCGUGAUUUAUCGUCUGCGGAGAAGCUUCAACCAUUUACUCCGCUAAUGAAGUUCCUAGACAGAGAACGUUCAGUUGUGGCUCGUUUAGCAGAAAAUCAGCAUUCUAAGAAAAGAGGAAAUGACAAUGCAAGAGGAUACAGCAAAACCUAUCAUGUUGAAAGAGGUGCAAAACACGGACAAAUAACCUACUACAAGUGUGCCUUCCCCACCCACAGAAAAGACACCAUAAAUCACACCACCGAACAGUGCAAAGAAUUCCAGAAGUUGUCCAUCAGCGGUAAAGAUGGCAGAUAUGAGUUGUUGAAGCAGGUAAACGCUUGUUUCAAAUGUUUUGGUAAUCAUAGGAAGCUUAACUGCCCCAAAAAACUCCCAUGUUCCUCAUGUGGAAGUGACCAACAUCAUUCCCUGCUGUGCAUCCCACCAAAGCCCCCAAAAGAUUCCGGGGAGAAAUCGAAAACUGGAGAUAAUGGGAACAAGGAAGUAGCAUCCUAUACCGUAGGAAGAGAUUCAAUGGCAUUAUACCCUAUCCACCAAGCGACCAUUAGCGACAGUGGUAGAAAAGUGUCCGUCUUCUGUGAUGGAGGCUCUAACGCAAGUUAUAUCACUCAUCGUGCUGCGGAAAGAAUAAAAAGAAAGUUAAAAAACUCUCUCUUGACGUGA